CCAUGUGUAUAAUUCCCUAUUCCUUAGGCACUUUAUUUUCCUUCAUCGCUGUCUUUCAUUUUUACUUCCCUCCAUGGAUUCCCCAUUUUCCCUCUCUAAUUUUCGAGCUUCCUUCCACAAAUCUCCAAAAUUCAUUCGAACCCAUUCGAACUCAAAAACCCAAAAUUUAAUUAGACGUUUGGCCGUCCAAAAGACCACCAGAAGAAGACUCAAAGCUCUUGUUUGAUCCCGCUCCUUGUACUUUCCUUUACCCACAGAAAAAAGCCAUGGUCGGAGAUCGAAAAAAAAAAAAUGAAGUUCUUGGUUUACCCUAAUUUCGGCUUGGAGAAAGAAACAGAGAUUUCAUGGAUAAUUCUAAUUCUCAGAUUUCGGGUGAUUCAAGCUCCAUCCCUUCUGGUCAAUAUUUGUUUUUACUCAAAUUAUCUUGAUUUUGUGUUACGGUUAAUUGGCAAUCAAACAAUGUGAUGGAAAUUCCAUCUGAUUAUGUAAAAGUUUAUGAUUUUGGUUUUAAUAUCAGAGCCUUCAGACAUCAGGAACUGGUUUUCAAGUUACAAGCACAAAUCCUUUGUAUUGGAUACUUACCAUGAUUUUGGAAACUAUGUUUCAAGAGAUAGUGAAAGCAACAAAGACGGGUUUGUUAGUGAAGAUAAUAAGAGGGAAAAAGAAGAGAACUUGAUUGAAUCUGUAGAAAAGAGGAACGGUUAUGAUUCCUGUGAAGAUGGUUCUUUUCAAGAUAAAGAAUGUCUAAAUCAUAGUCUCAGUGAGGUACAAAUUGUGUGUUUUUCCUUAAAUUGUAAUGCUAGCCUAAAUUUGGAUGCUCCUUUAAAUAGUUUAAUCUGGGCUUCAAGAUUGAGCCUUUGAAUCCUAAUACAUGAAAUGUGGAAAA